AAAGUUGCAGAUAAAUUUGUUAGAUUUGACGAGGUAAAAUUAAAGAAAAAAAAUUAAAUUUUGCUUCCAUAUUCCGAACAAAGGAGGAAAACAUACAGAUAUAUCGCAUAUGAUUAAGAAUGUUCGGCAGAGUGUUUAAUUUCAAACUUUAAAAAAUAAUGGGUGAAAAAAGAUUGGGCAACUUAACAUUUUCCUUUCGCAACGCAAUGCGCAACUCAUCUGUAACUUCUCCAAAAGAAGACAUCAUCACGGUUAGUCCUGAAAAUCCAAAUAAAAAAAUUAUCGCAGACGAAAAUAAUUUGCAAAAUUUGUUCACUCGCGCUAGAAGUACUGAACACAUAGAACGACUUGGCAACGAAACAGAAAACCAAAUCAAGUAUAGCACGGAGCCGAUGCAAGAUGACGUCAGCGAACACUUGUUCGUUAACCACAUAGGUUUAUAUUGGGAUGAACAGAGAAUCAAUUCUUCACAAGAGACACUUCUGCUUGACACUAUCAGCAAUAAAAGUCACGAAGAAGUAAAUACAUUUAAUUCAAGACAUAGGAAUGACGAGACACGCCCAGCUAACCUGAAUGCGAAAUCCCUUGCUGGUUUAACUUUUAAUGAAUCUCAGAACGGAGGAGAGCGUACGGCAUGGAUGCCAAAACACCACUCCGUAGAAGAGUUUCAGAAUGAGCCAAGAAGACGUAAAAGUGAGGGCUGGAUCCCAAAAAGCGCUGCAGCCAAAGCAUAUUUGUCUAAAAAUAGUUUUGAUAUUCGAAGCAUGUCGAAUAUAAGCAAAGAACAACAAAGGGAAGAUCAGUUCUUAGGUCAGUAUGGUUCUGAAAGAUUUCCCAAAAAUCAAACGAACGUUGACAAAGGUGAUAUCAUGGUUAUUGAUGAUUGGAUGAAUACAAAGAUUGAAAAUAAUAAUUUCAACAAAAAUCCUAUUCAAGAUGAAUCAAUUGAGAAUGACAAAAUGGAGGUUUUACCUUGGGAUCCAUUGGAAGGAAAAAGUCAUCAAAUUUUAACUAACUCGAGCUAUGAUGCUUUAAUAUUUAAUGAGAAAGAUAUUGUAGAAGAACAUUCGGAGAGAGUUAUAAAUAUUUCUAACUCUGAGGUAGAUGAUAUAUUAUCGUUUGAUGUCCGUAGUGAAAAAGAAUUUAAAUUAAAGAAUAAACACCCAAAGCACUUUCAAAAAAAAUCGCAGUCGGAGUAUUUUAAUAUGAGUCAAAAUUGUGAAAAUGGUUUGGCCAAUGAAAGAGAAAAUCGAACGAAUUCAUGGCUUGAAUACAAUCACCAGUUAGCUGUUUCAUCUCCAAUUGAAACGAAAAUAAAAAAAUUAAAUAUGAACGAAAAUAGGCUUAUUCAUACAACACAACUAUAUGGCAACAACAUAAAGAAGCAAAAACACGAGAAAGAAACAUUACAGAAAAAGAUUUUAAUCAAAAACAACAAAGUUUUAGCUGAUAUGAAUUCAAUUGAAACUGAUCCUAUAUUUGAGCAUAAUAUUAAGAAAAUCAGCUCGAUGGAUUAUAGUGCGUAUGAUGAUGGCUACGGUAGUGGUAGUAAUCGUACCAAUCACAGCAGUGCUAGCGAGACACCAACCACAAAUAGAUCCAACAAUGAUCUUAUCAUAUCUUUGACAGAUCAAGUUAACUUUACCAGUCAAGAUAGCGGUGAUAAUAACGGCUACGCUAAAAUUACACGAUCGUUAUCAAACUUACAUGAAUUACUAAACGAAGAAGAUGAAAGAGAAACCCAAAGAAGAAGUAGUCGUGAGGAAGAAAAUGAAAAACGAAACGGUAUACAUAAUAAACUAGAGAAUAUAUUGAAAGCCAAAGCAAAGACACUGGAACGCUCAAAAAAUCCUCACCAGGCUACAACUCAAUAUAAGUUUCCUGAUCCGUUAUUAGCUGAACGAACAAAAUCGUUACCAAAUGGUUUAAAUACCCAAAAUUAUAACUACACUUCAUCAAAUACUUACGACAAUGUGGAUGAAGAGUCAUUCCGUGCUCAUUCUAAACAAGCUGAUGCUUCUUACCAUCAAGGAAGGAGCUCUUCUAUAGAACAAUCAGAGACACCUUCAUCACGCUAUGGACAACGUCAUUUGUCACUGAUUAAAGGAGACUCCAUCCAUGUUGAGAAAAAAGAAACACUUUUAAACGAGCUCAGAAGCACAAUAAAAAGUAGAUCUCCUCGUCCAGAUGAUCGGAUGGAAAUGGAAAGUUUUAAUUUGACAAAUUACGAUAAGGGAACUCAGGGUUCAGAUUAUGCAUUCCGAAAUCAAUCUCUCUUAGGAGAAUCUAAUGAAUCUAACUCGUGGGACCAAGCACCGGAUACAGAAAAUUUAUUUGAAAUGUUUCCGUUACAACCCUCGCCUACCCGGCACAUAACUUUAGGAGAUGAUCCCUUUAGCACUUUAAAUAAUAUGUCAGCGGAUAGUCAGGCACAGUCGCCAGAGAUUUAUACCGACCAGCGCCCGAUCAAUAAAUCUGAAGUGAUGGCAAUGCUAAAAUCGCAUCUUAAAGACAAGACUGGCUUAGAUAGUCUAAAACGAGAAGAAAAAUCAUACAGAAUGAUACGUCCAAAAAUGAAAUCCUUUUCCUUUACUUCACUUGAUGCAGAUGUGGAGAAUAAGCCGUCCGUUUCUGAAUUACCAACAACCAAUUUAGAGUCAAAUCAGCGCAGAUUGAGUUUGGAGAGUGUGAACACAGAAUAUGGUUUAUCUACUUCAAUUGGAAGCGAUAACCCUUCAAAUCGGAUUGGAGCAUCACACGCGCAUCGACUAAGUUUGACAGAGUCGGAAUUGGAAGGUGUCAGGACCUACCCACACAAGGUAGCUAACCCAACAAACAAGGAUUUACCAUCAUUUCAUGACGACAAAAAUGGCAGAAAUGAAUUUAAAUCAAAGGAGCCAAUCAUAGCAAAACAGAACGCCUCGACAUCCAAUCAGCAGGUAACUAAGGAUGUUGCAUCAGUGGAAACAAUAGUACUGUCACGUACUCCUGCAAAUCCUGUUCAAAUAUUUUCAGAUCAUGAGACACUGGAACAGGUCCCAAAACAAUCGCCGAUAAACACUCAAUCAGUAAAAAGCAGACAUUUUAAUGGUAGUUAUGAAGAAAUGAAGAGGAGCAAUUCAUUUAAUGAGGCCAAUGUGAAUGUUGAUGUAUCAAACAGAAGACAGCAGCAGCAGCAACAGCCACAAAAAGAAGAAGACACAAGAACGUUCUAUACAAGGAAAGAGGUACCUGCAACUCAAGUCAACGAUAAUAAGAACAAUGCAAUAACACAUUAUUAUUUACCAGAACAUAACCAAGAGAGAGUGAUAAAACCAAGUGAAUAUCAAGUCCAUAAGUUUUCUGACAGAACAAAAUACCAAAGUCCUCAAUCCCAGCAAACACAAAGAAACCACAUGUCCGUGACCUUGGACACGUCAAAUAUCAAGGACUUUAAAACGUCAAAUUUACAUAACAAAAGGCAGUCACCAAGGAAGCAAAAAGCAAAACAAAUCAAGAACCACAUAGAAGUUGCACCUGUUGAACAAAAUGUCGUCAGUAACGAACUUAAUGGUGAGCAACUUGAAGCAAUGGAUGUUGAAGUGAAAGAUUACACGUUGGAGGGUACAAAUGCCAUACCAGAAUAUUUGCCUAAAACGCCAAACGAAAAAUGGGCUGACCAGACUUACACACAUACCAACGUUGGCAAGAUAAACAUUCCAUCUAGCUUCUUACCCAACGAUAGUGUUAUUUUCUCGACCUCAAGUACCACUCCAAGCAUAUCUCCCAGACCAAGUACUCCAAAAAAAUCAAGAAAGGUUAGCUCUUCAAGCAACAAACAAGAAUUGUCCAGACCAAGCACACCAUCCAAGAUAGGAAGUAAGUUAAGGAUGUUAUUCUCACCAAGCUCUAAAAGAAAACUACAAAAACGUGAUUCAAACGAGACUUUAUCCACGCAACUUUUUGCUUCACCAAGAAGCGACGAAGACAUUACGCGACGCAAAAACAUUAACGUGACGUCAUGGAGUUAUGAUGACGUCAUCUCGAUAAAUGGUAGCAAUCAUUUUGAUGAAGAUGACGAUAGCAUAGAUGUUGAUUUCAUAACGAAUGAUGAAUGGCUAACUAGUCAGACUAAGAAUAUAAACAAUGAAUACAACCACUCAGCCAAUCCAAAUUCUGCAACUCGAAAUGGCUCGGCGCCUAAAAUUAAAGCACCCCUGUUACCAAACUCCCACAACACAAAACAUUCGUUAAAAAACAAUACCAAAUAUGGUAUCGGUAAAAUUGUUGUUCCGGAUGUGUUUUCCAGUAAUGAAGGUAAUAAUAUGACGCCUUUAACAUUCAACACAAGAUAUGUCCGGGCGCCGCCUAAACAAAAACAGGAGGAAGAAAAAGAGACGGUGAUUGAUUUGGAAAAGAAUGAAAUUGCUUUUAACAGUUUGGAUAUACGAAGCAUUGGAUACAAAGCUGGUCGCAGACUAAAACACCAAUAUCAACCAGCUGUUUCAAAUCAUAUAUCCAAAUAAGGUUUAUUUGUUUCCUUAUAAGGUUUAAUAGCUUUUAAAUAACGCUUAAUUUCCAAUCAGGAACAAUACAAUGACUGGCCAUAAUUUUUUGUCCGACCAUCGUGAACUCCGCCAUUUUGGAUGUCACCAACCUGGGUUGUAGUGUCUAGAAUUCAGUAAAACAUUGUGAGAAAAAUUACAAUCGAUUUGUUAGAAAACCAGAAUUUAAAUAAACAAACAUUAACAUAUAAUUACUAAACAUUUUCAAAAAUAAUUUUUAUAUUUUUCUCAAUAAUCAUCAUAAUCAGGGUAUGAUGCGGAGAAAAUUCCUGAAAGGAACUGUAUUAUAACACAUGUAUAUUAUAUAUAAGUGGCUGUUGAUAUAUUUUAUAGUUAGCAAGUAGACGAAUUGUUUUUAUUCAAGGACAACAUUUUUUUGUGCCAUAAUAAACGAAUUUUUUUUGCUUGGAAAGUUCCAAUUUUAACUAACUCUAAAUUUUAUCAAUCUUCUCACAACAACCACCGGACAUGCUAAUAGUUGUUAUACAAAAGUUUAAUUUAGUUUGCGGUUUGACAUAAUAACUUUGACCUCCAGGGUUGUGUUUAGUGGUUAAAAUAGGACUUUUUAUCAGAGUGGUAUGAUUUGUAAAUUUUUGUAGUUUUUAUUUCACUGUCAGUAUAAGAGAAAAUGCACAUACA